AUGAAGCAUCUCGAAUGUCCCCUGUGCGACUUCACCAUUCUUUCAAAAGAUGGCUACUUCCUUCAGCUACAUUUCGAGCAAGCCCAUACUACCGACUCCCCCUUCAUUAUACAAGAUGAUCCGGAGCCGCUGCGACCUUCAUUACCACCCACGCCUGUAUCUACGGGCAGCAACGACGAGCAAACGCCUUCCUCUUCCGACUCUUGCGAUUCUGAUUCGGACUCGGACUCGGACUCUGAUGAUUCUGACCGAGAAGAAAGAGCCAUCAAAAGUCCCACCUCUGAUUCUUACCAGCUUGUUUCUCAUUCUGACCACGACGACCAUAUCGACUAUCGCCGCAUAGAGACUUUAUCAUUCGACGAGACUAUCCCAAAAUAUCAUUCGAAACGUUCAUCCGCUACUAUGCACAGCUCAUCUUCCACCCAUCGCUCACAUAGGCGCCGUGCUACGAGCACAUCUGUCGAGCACAAGGCAAAAACCGGCACGCGCGCUGCCUCGAAGAGGACCGACGGCCACAGCCGUAGAUCAACCAAACAUGGCCCUCGACGUCGACGGAAUACAAAUGACAGUGACAAAACAACCAUUAGCAGAAGUAUCCUGGGCUUCAGCCCAUUUGCAAAGGCGCAUAAGAGUGCCAAGCCGCCAUCUAAGAACGCUCGUCUCGACGAAUCCGACCUGGGUGAACAUGCCUUUGAGGAGCGCAUGCCAGAAUGGCUCCAUAGGCAGCUUAGCGCAGGCCCCGAGAUCACCAUCGUCAACCGCAUUGGACGCGACGGUCGCCUCAUCAAGCACGAGCAGGUGCAAAAUGAGACGCCAGGCAUUAUACCUAUUCUUGCACAGCUAUCCGCCUUAGACCGCACGGUACAGCAGGCAUAUUAUUGCCAUCCUUCUACCAUUCACGUUGGAAAAACACCUCACGAAGGUGGUUUCUGUGGCUACCGCAACAUCCACAUGCUUCUCUCCUAUAUUCAGGGCGCAAAGGCGCAGGGUCAUGAAGAAUUUCCUGGUCGACUUCCAACCAUAUUGAAGGUGCAGGAUCUCAUAGAGGAAGCCUGGGAUAACGGGAUCAACUCAAUCGGUCGUGUUCAGACUGGCGGCAUUCGCAACACAAGAAAGUACAUUGGUACUCCAGAGGCGCAAGCAUUUUUCCUCAACGCAGAGAUCAAUUGCGCAGUAGAGGUCUUCUUCACCACAGAAGAUGGCAAGACAUUGGCUCACAGAACACUUCUUGCUGCUGUAGAGCGCUAUUUUGCCCAGGCAACCACUGACGAUGGUUCCACUGUAUGCAAGACCCUACUACCGCCUAUCUAUCUCCAGCAGCCGGGUCACUCCCUAACAAUCGUGGGAUUCGAACGCCACUAUGAUGGCACCUGUCAUCUAGUUGUCUUUGAUCCCAUGUACCAUACGACUCCUGCCAUGCAUAAGUUGCUUGGACGCAAAAAUAUCAAAACCGCUCGACCAGAAGUUCUCCAUACAUACCGACGCGGCUCUCGUAAACUUAAGAAGUUCAAGGCUUUUGAGAUUUUAAUGCUCACGGCAACACCACCUUUAUUCCCCGCUUGGGAUGUUCUUCGCCAAUUUCCUGACUGUCGCUUUGUAUACGUCUUCUUCCGCGCUCGCAGCCUUGGAUACGAUGUCUAUCCUGAGGAUUAUUUUCUUGCAACCUUUCCGUGGCAACAGUACGGCGGACUGUGGUCUUGUGACGAUGCUCGCUUUGCCAGAGCAGAGCGUAUGGAUGCUCUUACUUCUCAAGCUCUUCGACGUAUCACAGGCCUAGGAAGCUCUGUCGGUUCUAGCAAUGGCAGUAGUCCUAAAAGCCCGACUAGCUUCUUUACCUGCAGUUCUUCUCGACAUACGCUGGCCACUGAGCACGACGGCCUUCCAUCAUGGGGUCUUGCACUCGACGGCACUGCGAACAGUCUUACCAGCUCAUCACAGCCUACUGGAAGUGGUGCAGUUUUCAACAUGGGGCCUUUCAGUACAGUUUUGCCCCAGCCAACGGCUGUGAAACCAUACCUCUCGCUCUUGACAGAAGUCGGCAGAAAAUAUCCAGGCUUUCCCACACCCCUUUCCCCUACCACGAGUGCAAAGAAUCUAUUCCCCUCCCCAACUUCCAACUCCAGUAUCAUGUCCGGAACACCCCGUAUCCCCAGCUCCGCAAUAACCCCCGCCAGCCCCAUGAGCAUCGACGGAUCCGAAAUGUGCGGUCCCUCCCACCGUUGCGAAUCUCACAGCUACGAACACUACGGCCCCCAAUUCGAUUCCAUCGACUGCAUCCUCAACCAACAAACCCGAAGUCGCCCUCGCACCCCAUCCGCCUACCACAACAGCAUCGUAAGCCCCCCACUCAGCCCCUCCCACUACCCAUCCCCCCGCACAGGCAUGCUCGAAAACAUGACCGUCGGCAAUCCACCCCUUUCCAUCCCCAUCGCCAACGGCAUAGAAUACGAAACCCCCUCCCCCCUCUCUCCCACAGGCACCCGCCUAUCCUACACCUCCAACCGCAGCGUCUUAUCCGGGCUCCUCGCCGUGCCACCCCUCUCCGAGCACCAAGUCGCCGAAUACCGCUUCUGGCGCCCGUGUGGCCGGCGCAACUGCGGGUUCGGAUGUGGAGGACAGGAUGUCGGGGAGGUGGCGGCUGCAAAGAGGUUGUUUAGGGAUGUGGAGGAUGUUGUAGAGGAGGGAAUCGGGGGAGGGGGGAGCAGGGUGAGGAAUGUAGGGGGUGCGGGUGCGUUUGAGCUUGGUGGUCAGGGUCAUGCAAGGGAGGAAAGGGGGAGGUCGAGUGUUUGGGCGGGACGACGAUUGGUUACUGAUUGGAGUAGUUUUUUGCGGGCAUGUGAGAGGGACGGUGUUGCGCCGGUUUAAAAGAAAAAGUGUGUCAAAGACUGAUAGUCCUGGUUGUCAUUCGGGCACUUUGGCCUUGUUGGGUUAGGAUAGGUUCUGGUGGUGCUAUUUCAUUGUUUCUUUUCU